AUGCCUGCAACCGGGAAACUAAGCCACGAGGAGCGAAAACGAGGUGAAGUCGCUCUCAGUGAAUUCGCCGAAUAUGCCGAGAAACAGCAAGCCCACCGCUCCGCUCAAGUCGCACCAAGCGACAGCGGAUAUUCCACCGCUAGCGUUUCGCGCGAUCUCGAGGACCAUGCAGAGCUCGAUAUUCUCGAUCAACUAGGGCUGUCUGAUACCCCUCAACCAGUCAGGCUUAAGGAGCUCCUUCUCGGUACAAGCGAUGCCAUCGAAGACAGUCUGCAAGUGCUAGCUGGGACAUUACAAACACGCAUUGAUGAAGGCCAUGGGGAGACCAUCUUCGAUCUCGGAUUGGAGGAUGGCGGUGAAUCCAUGGGCUUCGACCUCGAUCAAUGGAAGACGGCGCUACAGCGUCUGCGCGAAGCCGCCGAGACCAUCCCCGCCCACUGCCGAGUACUGCUGACCUACAACGUGGGAGGCCCUGAAGAAUCGCCUGUCACAAAUGACCGGGUACAAGGCGCUUGGGGCAAAGUUCUCGUGCGCCACCACGCUGAUAACGUCGAGGAGAUGGCGGAGCUCCGGAUUGCCGUAGUGGGAAAUGUCGAUGCUGGAAAGAGCACUAUGCUGGGAGUGCUGGUGAAAGGUGGUCUUGACGAUGGACGCGGUCGUGCGCGAGUAAAUCUGUUCCGCCACAAGCACGAGAUCGAAAGCGGGCGUACUAGCUCCGUCGGGUUGGAGAUCAUGGGCUUCGACAGCCGAGGUGAAAUAGUCGGCAAUUCGCAGGGCCGGAAGAUGUCCUGGGAAGAUAUCGGCAAGCGCUCUGCUAAGGUCAUCUCCUUCUCCGACUUGGCAGGUCACGAGCGGUAUCUGCGCACUACUGUAUUCGGUAUGCUGAGCAGCAGCCCCAACUACUGUUUGCUGAUGGUUGCUGCCAACAACGGUCUCAUCGGAAUGAGCAAGGAGCAUCUGGGUAUUGCUUUGGCCCUCAAUGUGCCUGUCAUGGUCAUUGUCACGAAGAUUGACAUUUGCCCGCCCCAUAUUCUGCAGGAGACCUUGUCCCAGCUGACCAAGAUUCUCAAAUCGCCUGGAGCGCGCAAAAUUCCAAUAUUCAUCAAGGAUAUGGAGGAGACCAUCAAUACAGCCACACAGGGAGAACCUCGACCUAGUACGGACCUUCCUAAACAUUCUGCCCACCGCGGACAAUACGACGCCGCGGGAGCCUUCGAGUUCCUGAUCAACGACACAUUCUCUGUUCCUCAUGUGGGUACAGUUGUCUCGGGUGUGGUCAAGUCCGGUGUCAUCCAUGCCGGAGACUCGGUCAUUGUGGGGCCAGACUCACUCGGCCAGUUCACCACCACUGUCAUCAAGUCCAUUGAGCGCAAGCGUAUCCAGGUGAAUGCUUGCUUUGCCGGCCAGUCCGGUUCUUUCGCCCUAAAGCGCGUCCGCCGGAAGGAAGUGCGUAAGGGUAUGGUGGUGUUGAAAAAGAUGGAUGAGCCUCCAAAGGUGUAUCGGGAAUUCGUCGCGGAGGUCCUAAUCCUUUCCCAUGCAACUACCAUCAAGCCCAAAUACCAGGCCAUGCUUCAUGUCGGGGCAGUCAGUCAGACAUGUUCAGUCAUUGGCAUUGAUCGCCCUUUCAUUCGUACUGGAGAUCGAGCAUUAGUCGCGUUCAGAUUUGUACAGCGUCCUGAAUUCUUAGCUCCCGGGGACCGUGUCCUUUUCCGUGAGGGCAAGACGAAAGGACUGGGAAUCGUCAAGAGCAUCGGUUAUGACCCAGCACAACCAUUGAACCCAAAUUUAAAGGAGGGAGCUUCGACACCUACACCUACGAUACCUCAAGAUUAG